UCACUGUCUGUCGUCCUUUACAUCAUCAAAUAUGAAUGUCGAGUUACUUAUUAUAUGUAUGCAAGCUCCGGCGGAAGAAAGCUUCCAUCUCCUUAAAUAGCUUCCACGAUUCAGCAGCGGAGGACUUCGGGCGCACGACCUUACUGGAGUGCAACUAUACGAUGGCACACUCUCGUUCGGUGACCGGCUCCCACGAGCCAUGGGAGCUGCCCAGAUGCGCCGGGCGUCCUGCCGCGUAUAAAGAGGGCUCGACUGUUUGACGCCUCAGGACUCCGUGGGGACGGACUCAUCGCGGGGCCCCUACACUAUCAGUUCCAAAAUGGCGGUCGCUGGGCUGCUCCUGCCGCUACUGGCAGCUGUUUUCGCGCCAGAUGUUGUCAGUGCGACGGGAGCGUGCGCCCAAAAGGGCAUCAUCGACGAACACACCGUCUGGAACGAGGGCAUGUCGGCCAACCUCAACAUCAAGUUCCCGAGCGCUGUCACUAGUUGGCAAGUGAAGAUGACCUUCGACCAUGCACUUUCUGACUUCGAGACCUGGGAAGCCAUUGCCUCAACUACGGACAACGUUCUCUAUACCUUGGACAACGCGCCAUUCGAUGGGAACCAACCGGCUGGAGCCGAGCUUUCAAUCGCCUUCAACGCCUACUUCUCCAGCAAGGCUGAGGUCACCAGCGUGACGCUGAACGGCGUCGAGCAGUGCGGAGGUGGAGGCACCACGCUGCCGCCGCCGACGGGCCCGACCCAGCCCCAGCCGACCGGGGGACCCACCGAAGGACCCACCAAGCCUCCUCCACCACUACCUUACGACUACCAGGAGGUGCUCGAGAAGUCCCUCCUCUUCUACGAGGCCCAGCGCUCUGGCCCUCUGCCUCCUGACAACAGGAUCCCGUGGCGCGGCGACUCGGCGAUGAACGACCGCGGAGAGAACGGCGAGGACCUGACCGGCGGCUACUACGACGCCGGCGACCACGUCAAGUUCGGAUUCCCGAUGGCGGCCUCCAUGACGGUGAUGGCCUGGGGCGCCAUCGACUUCGCCAGCGGCUACGCCGGUGCCGGACAGAGCAACUACGUCAAACAGGCCGUCAAGUGGGGAACCGACUUCUUCAUCAAGGCGCAUGUCGGUGACACAGACUUCUAUGGUCAGUGUGGCAACGGAGAUGCCGAUCACGCCUUCUGGGGCCGCGCUGAGGACAUGAACAUGGACCGUCCCGGCUACAAGAUCACGGCUGGCGGACCGGGCUCUGACCUGGCCGGAGAGACGGCUGCCGCUCUCGCCGCUGCCGCCGUCCUCUUCAAGGACUCUGAUCCCGGCUACUCUGACACUUGUAUACAGCACGCUAAGCAGCUGUUUGAGUUCGCUGACGGACAUCGUGGCAAGUACCAGGAUUCUAUCUGGGACGCCAGCAACUUCUACGGCUCCAGUGGCUACGGUGACGAGCUCGCGUGGGCGGCGGCCUGGAUCUACCGCGCUACUAACGACCAGACUUAUCUGGACAAGGCCAAGGGCUUCUUCCAGGAGUUCUCCGAUCUGAACGGACGUCCCAGCGAGUUCUCUUGGGACAGCAAGCACGCGGGUGUUCAGCUUCUCAUGUAUCAGCUCACGGGUGACUCCUCGUAUGGAUCCAUGGUCACCCAGUUCUGUGACUGGGUCAAAAACGAAGCGCCGCGUUCUCCCAAGGGCAUGGUCUACCUCAAUAUGUGGGGCUCCCUCCGGCACGUGGGCAACGUGGCCUUCAUCUGUCUGGGUGCCGCCAAGAACGGUCUCAACUCUGAUGCCUAUAACGACUUCGCCAUCCAGCAGCUCAACUAUAUUCUGGGCGACGGCGGGCGCAGCUACGUGGUCGGAUUUGGCAACAACCCUCCGGUGCGCGCGCACCACGCCGGGGCUUCGUGUCCGGACGCGCCGGCGCCCUGCGGCUGGGACCAGCUGCACACCUCGGAGCCCAACCCGCACGUGCUGUACGGAGCUCUGGUGGGUGGGCCCGACCAGUACGACGCGUACGAGGACAACCGCGACGACUACAUCAAGAACGAGGUGGCGUGCGACUACAACGCUGGUUUCCAGAGCGCCAUCGCCGGUGUUUUGUCCCUUUACUAACUUGGGUGAUGCCUCGCUUGGAAUUGUGGGCACAUUGUGAUAUCGCUGUGACCUGUGGUCGCCCUGGAAAUGCAUUUAAAAACUGUUCAAGUUCGCCUGCCAAAGUUAUUUAGGGGAAGUUCGCUUACCAAUAAAUGUCAACAGGGUG